AUGAAAUUUAUUAACUUUUCUUUUAUUUUUAAUAAAAGAAAUUUCAGUAAAUACAAUUUUUUUAUAUCAAUAAGAAAAGGUGGAGAGUCCAUUUUAAAAAAUGAUAUAAAAUAUAUAUACGUAAAAGAUUUAAUAAAGUAUGAAAAACAAAGAAACAAUAUUAAUAAAGAAAAAAAAGUAAAACAUUUAAUUAAAUUAACCAAAACAAAUGGUGGAAUACAAUUAAAAUGCUCAUUAUCUUUAAUUUAUUUAUUAUCACUUAAGUGUAGAUAUGCUGAAAGUAUAUGGCUGAAUUUGGCAAAAAAUAAAAUGUGUAAUUCUUUAAAUUGUUUAGAAAAUAUUAUCCUGAAUAUUGAUUGGAAUAAAGUCCUUAACUGUAGUGAUUUAAUAAAUAUUCCACUGAAAAUUAUAUGUAUUAACUCGAAAUUAUUUGAUACUAAAAGCAUUAAAAAUACCAUAUACAAAUGUUUAAAUAUUAUAAUAGAUCGUUGCAAGAAUAUUACACAAGAUUUAAAUGAUAGUGCUACCGAUAUAAAAAGCUUAAAUAAUAAAAAUAUAAAUGUAAAUAAAUUUAGUAAUAAUUCAACGGACACAACUACCUUAAAUAGUUAUAGUGAAUAUAAAAAUAAACUAAGAGAAGAUAAUAUGAAUAUGAAAAAAUUAAAUAAUAAUGAAAAAACUGAAAUGGGAGUACAUGAUAAUUUAUAUAAUGUUUGGAAUCUUUUAGCAGUUCAUAUUGAAAAUAAUAUUUGUAAUGUUGAUAUAAAAUUUACGGGAAAACUAUCUCCUAGAUUUUAUGAAUAUGGUUAUAUUAAAGAAUUGGAAAAUGUAAAGAACAUAGAAAAGUAUCAGAAUUUAAAUUUUUUUUCUCUUUUUAAUAAUAACCAUAAAAUAAAUGACGAAAAAAUAAAAAAUAUUGUAAAUGAGAAUGUCCCAUUCUGGUCUAUAUGUGAAGAAAAAAAAAAAAUUCAAAAUGAUCAUCAAAAUGUUGAAUUAAAUACUGAAAAAAAUCAUUAUAAAUAUAAUUUUUUUUCAAAUACGUUAGGAAAAAGAGUUUCUGAUUGGGCAUUUGAUAAUACUACAUUACUAUUAUCACAAAUAAAAAAGAAAGAACUAAAAAAUUAUGAAACAUAUUCAGAGGAAAAUAAGCAACAAUAUUCUAUUUUUAACGAAGAAAAAAAAAGAGAAAACGAAAAAUCCAUGAAUUAUAUAUUAGAAAAUGAAAAUAUGCAGUUAAAUAAUUAUAUUAGCAAUGAAAUACCUAUGAAUAAAUUUAAAGAAGAAAAUGUAUUUUUGGAAAUUUCACAUAAUUCCAUUAACAAAUUUCCUAUAAAAAAUAGAGAGGAAAAAGAACAAUGCGAAAAAAUAAAUAGACCAUAUAUAGAAACAAAAGAAAUAGAUAAAAAUAAUGUUGUUAAUUAUUUAAAAAAUAUGGAAAUAAAAAGAAUGAAUUAUUACAAUAAUAACUUUUUUUUAAGUGAUGAUUGUUAUGAUUCCUCUAGUUGUAUUUAUUCUUUGGUUAUUUCAAAAUGUCUAAAAAAUAAAAAAAAAAUUAAUAUUAUAUGGGAUCCUUUUUGCAGUAAUGGUAAUUUAAUUUUUGAAUUGCUUAAUUAUUUUUUAAAUUUUCCAUUAUAUAAUGAAAAAGAAAUUUUGCCCUUUAUGAAUUUAAAAAUAUUUAAUAAAGAAGAAUUUUUAAAUAUUUAUAAUUAUGCCUUAAAUGAUUUAAAUAAUAAUUAUAGCAAUAUGCAUUUAAUAGGUAGUGAUAAUAGAAGUAUUAUGAUAGCUCAAUGUAAGAAAAAUUUAGUUAGGUAUUCAUUAUAUUAUGCAGGCAUCUUAAGGAAAAUAAAAUUAGAAAACAAUAAAAAAAAAGAACCAAAGAAUUUUAUAUAUUCAAAUGAAAUAAAAAAAAAUUCUUUUUUAAAAAACGUUUUAAAAGAGAAUAUUAAAGAGGAUGAAGAUGAGGAAGAAAUAGAAUAUGACGAAGAGAUAUUUUAUGAUGAUAAAUUAGAUAUUAAUUUUGUAAAAGAUUUAGAUCAAUUAUAUAAUAUAGAAAAAGACAACAAGAAAAAAGAAAUUCUAGAUAAAAAAAAAAAGACAAAAAUGAAAAAUGAAGAGAAAAAAAAAGAGAUAGAAAUGAAAAAUGAAGAAUUAAAAGUAAAAAUACCUGAUAUUGAAACCAUAUCAAUUUCUACUGAAGAAGAUAAAAAAUAUAAUUUAAAUUUUCCUUUUGAUAUAUCAUUUCAUAAAGCUCAUUUUUUUAAUGUAGCACCUUUUAUAAAAAAUGCUAUGAUAAUAACAAAAAUUCCACAUUUUAAUUUUUCAAAGGAAUUAGGUAUUAGUAAAAAAACACUUACAUUAUAUGAGCAAUUUGAUCAGAUGUUAUGCUCCAAAAAUGACUGGUUAGGUGUUUAUGUUUUAAUUAGAAACAAAGUUUUUUUAAAUAAAUCAAAAUUAGAAUGGAAUAAAAUAUUAUCAAUAAAUGAUUCAAAAGGAAGACAGUUAACUCUGUUAAGCUGGUCAGGUAGAAAAAAAAGUUUAUAUUCGCUAUCUGCAGAAAAUGAUAGAUUAAAAGAAUUAGAAAGAUUCAGUGAAAAAUUAAAAUUUGGUAUUUAA